AUGAACGGCCAGCCGGGCGGCCCAAUGCAGCAGGGGACCUAUGCCUCCGCACCAGCAGCAGCCGCCGCAACAGCCAGCAGCCCCAGGGGCCUCCCGCAACAGCAGCAGCCUCAGCCGCAACAACAGCCGCCGCCGCCGCCAGCGCAGCAGCAGCAACAACAACCGCUCACUGCGACCCAGCGUCUCAGCGCUAUCAACGAAAAAUCUUGGCUGCAGAUGGGUAACCUUGCCGAGUACCUCAACGACACCGACCGCGCGAUGGCGUCCUACGAGAAUGCUUUGCGCCACAACCCCAACGAGGACUUUGCCAAGGCUGUCGAGUACUUCCACCGUAUCGUGAACCUGGACGGGUCGAAUGGCGAAAUCUGGGGCGCUAUCGGCAACUGCUACCUGAUGCUCGACGAGCUGCCAAAGGCGUACCAGGCGUACCAGCAGGCAAUCUAUCACCUGCCCGACCCGAAGGAGCCAAAGCUCUGGUACGGCAUCGGCAUCCUGUAUGACCGGUACGGCUCGUAUGACCACGCCGAGGAAGCCUUCGGCGCUGUCAUGCGUAUGGAUCCGCACUUUGACAAGGCGACGGAGAUCUAUUUCCGCCUGGGCAUCAUACACAAGUGCCAGGGGCGCUACGAGCAGAGUCUGCAGUGCUUCAACUUCAUCCUCAAGGACCCGCCCAAGCCGCUGACCGAGAUAGACAUCUGGUUCCAGAUCGGCAAUGUGUAUGAGCUGCAGAAGGACUACGCGCAUGCACGCGACGCGUACGAGCGCGUGCUGCAGGAGAACCCCGAGCACGGCAGGGUGCUGCAGCAGCUGGGCGCACUGUUCUUCCAGCCAAACACCAACUUGACCAACGUUGAUGCGGCUAUCCAGCUCCUCUCGCGCGCCAUCGAGAUCGACAAGGACAAGGUCGAGGCCCACACGUGGUACCUUCUCGGUCGGUGUUACAUGGCACAGCGUCUGUACAACAAGGCCUACGAGGCGUACCAGCAGGCAGUCUACCGGGAUGGCAACAAUGCGACGUACUGGUGUUCGAUUGGUGUUCUGUACUACCAGAUAAACCAGUACCGCGACGCGCUCGAUGCCUACAGCCGUGCAAUUCGCAUCAACCCGUAUCUCAGCGAGGUCUGGUUUGACCUUGGCGCUCUCUACGAAGCGUGCAACAACCAGGUCAACGAUGCCUAUUGA